CGCUUAUCUAAUCUGUCUUUGCAUAUUAGCACUUCUCCAUCUGAAAUGUAAGCUACGUUUCAGUACCAGUCAGAGUAAAUUCGCUACCAGUCGUGCCCACCAGCUGACUGAAGAGGUGUAGCCAUGGCACCAACACUGUUUGACAAAGAGCCAAAGCCAGGGGACCUUAUCGAGAUCUCUCGGGAGGCAUAUAAACACUGGGCUGUCUACAUUGGAGGAAAUGAAGUUGUUCAUUUACUGCCUCCGACACAUCCAGGUGGUGAGUUGGGAUUCUUCGGUGAGCUGCUGACGUUACUAGACAGCGGUAAGGCGCAGGUGAGGCGUCAGAAGAUCUGGGAAGUUGUCGGCUCCAGCAAAUUUGAGGUCAAUAAUCUUCUGGAUGAUGAGUACAGUCCUCGUGAGCCUCUUGCCAUUGUGAGGGAUGCCUGCAGGAUGGUCGGUCGAGAGCUGCCUUACUGUAUCGCUACUCAGAAUUGUGAACACUUUGUCACAGAGCUACGUUAUGGAAAGCCAGAGUCCCGACAGGUUCAAACAGCAGCUGUGAUUGGAGGCGUCGCUGUGGCAGGUGUAGCCGCUGCAAUUUUGGGUGCCGCGCUGUUUUCCUCCUUCAACAAGGACGAAAACAAAAGAAGAAAUUAUAGAUGAUUGCAGUGAUUGAUAUCAUUAAUAUCAGUAAAAAGGAAGGAACUAGUUUGUUGGUGUAACAAGGUCAGCAGAAACAAUAAGACAACUUCAAAUAGGUUGAGUUGAGUUGUAAAAAAAAAAAGUAAAUGUAAAUAUGCAAUAAUAUUAAUAAUAAUGCAAUAAAAGCUGUGAUGGAAGUUUUCAGUUUACAGCCACAAUAUUAUAACCGCUGUUGGGUGAAGUGAAUAAUAAAGUUAGCAUCAUUAAAGGGAUCAAUGUUGCUGCUUGGAAACUUUGGGCCCUCACUUUGACAUGUGCACCCCAUCUCUUCUGGAGUCUAUACUUCAAGAGGUCAGAGUUGUUUUGUUUUGGCCUUGUAAGAACCUUAAAAAUGAAUUUUUAAUAUUCGUAAUGAUUGAUGUAUGUAACUAGAUUUUGCCAAGAAAGAAAAUCACAGUGAGGAUUUCUAGGAUUGAAGAUAUUUUUGGAAUUGUGGGUGAUUUUGGAACGCUUAAAUUUGUACUGCCUAAAUACUAAAUAAAGAUUUGGAAAUUUGAAA